AUGGAUCAUUCAACUGCAGAGGGAAGAGAUAUUACUUUAAUGAAACCUAUUAUACAAUGUUUGAUAUUUUCUAAUAACAAGCAAUUGUUGGAUUCGGAGGUUAUAUUGAAAUUACAUCCAGAUACUAAAUUGUGCAGAUUACUGCAAUAUUUAUAUGAGAAGUAUUUAUCCCAGAAUAUCAUUUCUUUAAAUUUAAAUCCGUUGACAAUAUAUCAGUUUUGCUUUAAGAGUGUUGAUUCUACAAAUGUUUUACCUUUAGAUAUAUCAUUAGAUAAUAUUCUAAAUUAUUAUUACCCUAAUGUAGAAUUAGAAAAUAGAGAACUUAUACUGGAUUUGGAAGUAAAAACAAACCCUGAUAAGGAUGAUGAUAACAGUAACUCUGGUAUAAUAAAUCUUGAUUAUAAUUUCAAUACUGAGUUCAAUUACAUCAAUUUAGAUAUUGAAUUUAACCUAUUGUCCACAAGUAAUGAUUAUUGUACCAAUCCAAUUGUAGAAUUAGAUAGGCCUAAAAUGUCUUUAGACAUUAAAGGUGAAACAUUGAGAAAAAUGAUUUUAAAUGAUCUAAGAGAAUCAGAGAAUUUGAAAAAUACAUUAUGUUCUUUAAAUGAUAAGCAUACAGUCAAUGAUAUAAUAUAUUAUAAGAUUAAAAGUGUUGAUUCGUUUGCAAACAAUGACAAUGAUAAUGAUAAUGAAGUUAAUAAUGCUAAAUUUUUAAAUUCUACUUUAUUAGAAAUCUUGGGUAUUGAUUUUAUACCAAGCAACUUUUCGAAAUUCACUUUAAUGUUUUAUAUUAAACAUAAUUACAAUAUAUCCUCAAAUGAAACUGUAGUCAACUUUGUCUCAGAUAUACCAUUGUUAUGCUAUAAUAAAAUGAUAGUCAAUGAUGACACAAGUGUUAUUGCAAUUAAAAGCUAUGUUAUUCAAACAUUUUUGAUUCGUUUCAAUAUUGAUAUCCCUAUUAGUGAUAUUCUUUUGUUUUAUCAUGGCAAAAAACUUGUUGAUAUUGAUCUGGAUGGUAAUGAAACGACUAUUAAACAAUAUGUCAAUGCAACAUCAAAUCCAUUUAUACAUAUAAAGAUCCCAUCUAUUGACUUAAAACAACUUUCUGAUGGUAUUGACUCAUUUUGGUAUGAGGAGUGUCGAGAUUCAUCAACUGAUCGUGAUUGUGACUCCAAUUUUCAGACAAAUGAAAUAAGGAAUGAUAUCUAUGAUAACCAAAACAAUAAUAAUGAUAUUUUACACGAAGAGUUUUUACAGUUAGAGGAUGAUGAAGAUGACGAUGCAAGUUAUGUUCCUUCAGAGUCUAGUUUAAUUUCUGAUUAUGAGGAACGCGAUGUUGAUUCCUCUGAAGAUAAUAAUAAGGAUUUAGCUGGCGAACAUUUUCAAUAUAGAACUGAAUCUGGUCAUGAAAUUAAAUUACUGAAUGGCUUGUACAGGAAAUGUAUUAUUGAUGGUACAGAAGAAGCAUUCAUUGAAACAAGAUAUUUGGAUAGAUUUCAAGCAAAAUUGAGAUUUCCUAGUGAUGGAACUGUUGAUACAUUUGAAAUGGAUGAGAUUCCUUUGUCGUCUAUGAAUCAAUAUAAGCUACAUCCUUCAAUUAACAGAAUUGAAUUGGAUGAUUAUAUCAUAAGUGAACUGGAAUCAAAGUUAAAUAUGUGUAUCGUUCCGGAAGAAUCAAUAAAUUUCACCAUAAAUAAUUCAAACAAUACACCCUUAUCUAGUAUUUCGAAUGGGAAUAAAAUCAUUGGAUGGUUAAAGAAUCUGUUGUUAUUUGUGUUUCUAAUUUGUAAAACAUUAUAUUAUGUGUUAGUAACGAAUCUUAUGGUGUUUAUAUUAUUGUUUGAACUUGUAUUUUUUAUCUCCAAGAAAUGGAUUAGUAUGAUUAUAACUACAAUUAUUUUAAGGACUAUAUUUUUCAAUGAGAUUGUUAGAGAUUCAUGGUUAGAAUAUUUUAGACUUGAUAGAUAUGAUAAGACAACCUUACACAAGUUUCAACAAUUUAUCAGAUUUACUCAGUUGAGUGAUGAAUUUUAUUCAAAGUUGUUGUCAAAAAAUGAACAGAAUCAAAGUAAUCAUGAUAAUGAUAAUGGUGAUAAUGAUAAUGCAAAAUUAAUACUACAAAAAUUGUUUGAUUAUAAAGAAUUUAACUUAUUAACAAAUGAAAUUUGGACAAAAUAUAAUAUUCUUGGAAUUGAAGAUAAUAUUUCGAUAGAUUUACUAAAAGGUUGUAAUAAUCGGAAUGAUUUAAAGGGUGCAUUAAGAGAUUUCAUGUUGUUAUAUAUCAAAGAAUUAGCUCAAAUUGAUAAUGAUGAAAGUAUUGUGGAAAAUAAGAGACAAUUUAUCAAAGAUAUGAAUGAAUUGUUAUAUUUAGUUGAGAAAGAAAUGAAUAUAAAGGAAGAGGAGAACGUAAAUGUUGAUGAAGAAUAUAGAGGUAGCAGAAGAAGGUUGAGGUUCUUAAUGAAUAAUUUAAUUGAGAGAUUAAGACAUGCCGAUUGGGGGAGACAAUUGUUAGAAUAUAUUGUGCCAAAUCCAUUAAGAGACAAUAUAUUUACUUGUGUUUGCAAAAACAUUGUGUUAUUUGUGAUUUUAUUAAUUCCUAUGAUCAAUACUGUGGUGGACGAAAUUAUUGAUGAAAGAAAACGUUUAAUAGAAAGAGAACAUGAGCAGAAAAGAUUAAAACAAGAACAUGAGCAUGAACAUGUUGAUUCAGAAAUAUAUGAUAAUGUUGAAGCUACUGGAAUAGAGAUACAUCAUAUUGAAGAAGAUUAG